AUGGAUUCAAGGGUUUCUGCCGUCCAUCGCCCCUCUUAUCCACCUCCGCUGCUGCCGCCACCGACAACGUCGCCUCCUUCCUUCCCAAUGACUGCCCAAGUCCUGGCUUCUGUGCCGCCACCAUAUUCCUCCUCCUACGCCGGCGACGAAUCUGCGUCCAAAGCCUGUGCAGCUUGCAGAUUUCGUCGCCAGAAGUGCAAGGGUGACUGCCUUCUUGCCUCGUUUUUCCCUGCGGCAGACGAAAGUAGGUUCCUAAAGGCUCACCGUCUGUUCGGCGUCAGCAAGAUGAAGAAGAUCCUGGAGCGCCUCCUCCCCCAUCAACGUGCCGUCGCCAUGGCGACCAUGAUUUACGAGUCAGAGGUCCACGCCGCCAGUCGGGACACAGGAUGUCUCGACAUCAUCCUCCAGUUGCACAGUCUGAUCGAGCGAAGAGCCGCUCAUCUCGACCACCUCCGACGAAAUCUUUCGCUCGUCCCUUCUCCUACGCCCGCUUUGGGCACUGUCAUCGCCGGAAACGGUGAAACAAUCAUUCCACCUACUACUACCGGCAAUCUCAAGCGCGGUUGCCAGGAUCUUCCGGAGAAUGAUCAGAAGAAGCAGAGGAGACGAUGA